UUUUCGACUAGGCAAAAUCUCACAUGGAUCGAUGACCAUUGGUCGCAGUUUAACUCCACCUUCUUAGCCUCAGCUCAGAUACGAUGGAUUAAUAUUCUGGAUCAAAUGUCUGUUUAGGGAUCACAGAUGGUCACAACAUCCUUUGCAUGUCGAUAUGGCGCGGUCUGAUGCCGCUGCACUGCAGAGCACACUUUACGACUGCACAGAUACGAUGCGCAGCGUCCAUCCUUGGAGAUGAUGGCACUCUGUCGCAAUAAAGUUCAUUUGCUCUUAUCCCUCCUUGGUAUCGACUUGAAGUACAUCCCAAUGAGUCUCGUAUCGAUGUAGAAGGCUCUAUCAAGAUCCAUAGAGCGAAUUUGCAUGAUUACAGCUACAGAUUACUAAAUAUCCCUCUUUGCGCCAAUUCUCUGGAGCGCCUUAAUACGGAGCAGCUGUAUGAAAGAAAAUCUCCCGCCGUUAUCGUGACAUUGGUCAGGUCGGAUUGUGCGGUAAUUAUCUCAGCGUUCGGUCGGUGCGAAGUGGCAGGUGAUGGACGGCUUGACAGGUAUUUUCGGGAAGCAUCGCCACAUUCAAUGCUUGGUGGUCAAAUAAAAACAGCGGAUUUGCCAGUCGAUUGAUGGCUUAAAGACUGAUAGGCUAUCAACAGUACUGCGCUCCAGCUGAUCCAUACAAAACAUCCCUCUCGCAUCCUGCCUACAAUUGUAAAAGCCUGUGCUGCCGUAUUUAUCCGAUAAACCGCAGCUGUAUCCUCUUCAUCUUCAUCACUGUCCUAACCACACACUCUGUACGCAUUGCUACAGCGGUCGACUCUCACUUGCGCGCACGGUCCGCCUGGCUCCGGUCUCUAACUUCCCUUUCCGUUUCCGCUGAACGGAGCAACACUGCAGUCAGCAGUAUGUAAUUAGAUUCCAGCCAGUCAAGCGGGCAUGCGCCAUACACUGGCUGCUUCAUCGACCGGCCAGCUUAUCACAAUAUAUUGGCUCUCUUUAUCAUAUCGCUGGUCACUGGUCAAUUGCCGCUGAAUGCAGCACAGACGACCGGGCAUGCAGUGCAUCCGGUGCGGACUAUGGUAUUCACAUGAUUAAUACGCCAAUACUUAUCUCGAUGUAUCUCUCGAGAUCUUAAUGAUCAGUCGUUUGUUAUACUAUCGCGCGAUUUAUUAGACGGGAUAUAUUCCAGUACGUAAUGUAAAAGCCAUUUCUUUCUCGUCCGUACAUUAUUCCUGCUUACAUAUAUACACAGUCAUCAUUCUUCCUCGAUGUUAAGCGAACUGCAGUUGGAUGCACAUCCUCUUAAUCCCUUCUCUCCCCGGCUCGGUCUCAAUGGGAUCAGUAAAAAUUGUCUUAAUGGAGAUGUUGUUGGGAAUGGGCAUCAUAAUAUCUCGGCCGGGAGAGAGAUCGUCAGCAAUGGAUGCAAUGAACUUCCGGUCACUUGCAAGACCAUUUCGCCGGUAGUACACACCAAUGGAAGUGGCUGCCCCAACGGCCCAGCGGCAAAUGGAACUGCUUUGUCGAGAAAUCCCAGAUUGUUCCAUGAGGCGACGUACGUUAUACGGCCGAAAUACAUUCCAGAAAAGAAAAACGGAUACUGCAGCAACAACUAUGUUAAUGGAAACGGACACAGUUCGAGCAGCUCCACCGCUACACCGGAUAGCCUGCGCGGCAGUCUGCGCAAAGAAGGCUCAUUCGAUCGAGAUGGCCGAUGUGACCAGCCGGCUGUCACUGCGGCCAAAAAGCACGUGCAAUUCGAUUUGCGUAAUGGAUGCACGUUGUACUCGGGUGUACAUCAUAACGGAAACGGUGUCCACUGUGAUAACGAGCAGCUCGAUUCAGGAUCCGACCAGGAAGAUGGAUCGCUGGCCGGACAGGAUGAUGAGCCGGAUUUGAUUAGCGACAUCGAAAGGUCACUCAUGCAUGGCUACAGUGAGUUUGAUCUUAAUGGACUAACCGCGGAAUAUUGUUCGGAGCAGCUACUAGUGCAGCAGUCGGCAUCCGGAUUGGCAAAAAAGAAGCCUGACCUGCGCCUGAAUCUGCGCUCCAACUUUAUAAAAGGAGAUCCUAUCAACACCGAGGUUCCUGUAGAGAAACAGACAUGGUAUUUCGGUGCAAUAAGCCGCCAAGAAGCAGAGAAUACACUCCGGAAGUGCACGGAAGGCUGUUAUAUCGUACGAAACUGUGAAAUCAAUGGAAACAAAGAUUACUCUUUGGCAAUAAAGAGUUCGUACGGAUUCAUGCAUUUGCGAAUUCAUCGUCAGCCGGACGACAUGUACCGACUUGUGGAUUUCAAUCGCGUUUUCCUCACCGUUCCCGAUUUGAUAGAGUAUUAUUCCAUGGAGAGGCUGCCUAUAAAAGGCGCUGAUUAUAUGGUUUUAGUGCAUCCUGUACAUCAACAGCUUUUAUAAAAUUGGCUUAUGAACGGAUACACCAUGGUAGUCGCGCUUUGCUGACACUCUUUUACUGCUUUUCCAGAAUGUUGUUGGUCUUUGUUUGUAGCACGGUUUUAGAUAAUUAGCAAAAGGUUAGAAUAACAAAUGUUUAUCUUUUUGCGCCCAUCGUCAAAUUACUAUAAAAUAUAAUAAUACGUAUUGUGCGGCUGUUUGCUUGCAUUUUUCUCCGUGAUAGUGACAUAAAUGCUGUAUAUAUGC